CUCUGGGGAUCACAUUUGGUUUGGGACUUUGUAUACAGUAUAUCUUUUUUUUUUGCAUAUCAUAACAUGUUUCAAUGUGAAAUUAUUGCUUAAAUGUAUGUCUGUUGGAGUUGCUGUGAGACCUGUGAUAUCCCUCUCCCCAAACUGGACCCAUGAGUCUGUAACUCUGACCUGUAAUGUGACUCCUACUGCCCAAUGGAACCUGAGAUAUUCCUGGUACAGGGACGGACACCGGAUAUCUGGGGAUCAGCAGAGACAUGUGAUUAUGUCUGCCAGAGAGACAGACAGUGGAACCUACCAGUGCCAGGCUGGUGCCAAUGAAAAAAGUGAUUCUGUUACACUGCAUAUAAAGACAAGUUGGCUCAUCCUGCAGGCAAACCCCGCUGUUCAUGAAGGGGACUCCCUGUCUCUCAGGUGUCACAGUCGGUCUGGAUAUAUUACAAGGAAUCAAGUAUUUUACAAGGACAAUAAGAUCAUUGAGUCCCCAGUCAGUGACUCUGUAUUACACAUAGGAAGAGUGAAUGUUACUACAUCUGGUACAUACAAGUGUGAAAAAGCAAUAUAUACCAGUAUUUACAGUGAUAAAAAAUACAUUUCAGUCUCAGAGCUUUUUACUGCUCCUAAAGUUAAAGUGAGGCCAGAUCAGGUGACAGAAGGAGAUCACAUGACCAUAACAUGUGACACAAAGCUCAGCCCACACAGAGAGACUACAGAGCUGCAGUUUGUUUUCUACAGAAAUGGGCACAAUGUGCAGGGAUUCAGUUCAUCCAACCAAUAUGGAGUCCCCUCAGCUCAGCUGGAGGAUUCUGGGAAUUAUACCUGUGAGGUACAAACUCCAUCCGGCAGUGUGAGGAAGAGGAGCAACGUGACACAUAUCCUGAUACAGGAGCUCUUCUCUUAUCCAAAAAUAAAAGUGAGACCAGCUAAUUUGACAGAAGGAGAUCACAUGACCAUAACAUGUGACACAAAGCUCAGCCCACACAGAGCGACUACAGAGCUACAGUUUGUUUUCUACAGAAAUGGGCACAAUGUGCAGGGAUUCAGUUCAUCCAGUCAAUAUGGAGUCCCCUCAGCUCAGCUGGAGGAUUCUGGGAAUUAUACCUGUGAGGUACAAACUUCAUCCGGCAGUGUGAGGAAGAGGAGCAACAUGGCACCUAUCCACAUACAGGAGAUCAUCUCUUAUUUACAAAUAAAAGUGAGGCCAGAUCAGGUGACAGAAGGAGAUCACAUGACCAUAACAUGUGACACAAAGCUCAGCCCACACAGAGAGACUACAGAGCUGCAGUUUGUUUUCUACAGAAAUGGGCACAAUGUGCAGGGAUUCAGUUCAUCCAACCAAUAUGGAGUCCCCUCAGCUCAGCUGGAGGAUUCUGGGAAUUAUACCUGUGAGGUACAAACUCCAACCGGCAGUGUGAGGAAGAGGAGCAACAUGGCACCUAUCCACAUACAGGAUGGCUAUCUGGCUUCCCUGGUGCCAUCUCUCACUGGAAUACUGGCAGUUUUGCUUUUCAUUGCUGGAAUCGUUGCUUUCAAGUUGCGGCACAAAAUUUCAGCAUUCCUAUUCUGCCACUCGCUUCACCCCAAAACAGGAAUACUGUAUAUGCUAUACCAGUUUCAUUGCCAAUUUAAAGACUUUGAAGCAUGA